AUGGAAUCCUUUUCCAAUCAAUCCAAUUCUUCCCAGUCCCUGCCUCUGCCUCUGCCUCUGCCUCUGCCUCCCACCCCUCUGGCGCAGCAGCCUCCUCUUCCGUUUCUGUCCAGCGACACCAUCUCCGUGUCGCAGCAGCAGCAAUCGUCUGCCUCCUCCAUCGUUUCCCACCAGGUCAAUAAUACCAUCUCGUCUCUGUUUCACUCGUUCGCGACGCCUGUUCCACCGCAGACGUCGACCUUUUCGUCGGCCUUGACUCCGUCGCAGACCAAUCAUCUGUCCUACCAUUUCUCGCAGCUGUCUCGCUACCAGCCUUCGCACAAACCCGUGGUCGCCCCCAAAAACACCGCCCCGGCCAAGGAUGCGAAUAAUGGCAAGGGUUUCGGCCCAGCAGCGAACACGCGGCUGCAAUCACGCAAGCUUCUGGAGCAGCAGAAGCUCAAGCGCGAGGAGGAGAGGUGGCAACCGUUCGAGGAAGAGUCCUUGAUGGACCAGAACUCGUUGCCGAACGAUCUGCUCGAGCUCUGCCUCGUGCGCCUUCCCUGGAGGUGCCUGGUGCGCCUUCGCCUGGUGUGCAAGCGAUGGCGGGCGCUGCUGCUGUCGCCGUCCUUCCUGCAAUUGCGAGCGCUCUCGGGCUACCACGAACCAUGGCUCUUCAUCUUCAAGCCUGAAUCUCGCGACAGCGAGGCCGCCAUUCUCGCUUACGAUCCCGUGUACAAGAAGUCGCAGUUCAUCCGGGCUCCGAUCCUCGCAGGCCGCAAUCAUUACUCCCUCGUCGUCGGAGGCGGACUCAUAUAUCUCGUGGGCGGUUGCUGCUCGUCGUCCAGCGCUCUGGUGUACAAUCCCGUCACCAACACCUGGAAGGAGAUGCCGCCCAUGCACCACGCGCGCGACAUGCCCGCCGUGGGAGUGAUUGAGGAGAAGGGCGAGAAAGGAACCAAGCGCACCAAACUCAUUGUGGCCGGAGGCAAAGGAUUGUCGCGCAGAUCGCUCUGCUCGGCCGAGAUUUACGACCCGCAGACCAAUCGCUGGAGUUACAUCAUGAGCCUGCCGUCGUCGUUCCGCGAGGUGCGCUUCGGCACCGUGCACAAUGGCAAGCUCCUCGUCUACUCGCGCAGGCUCAAUCUGAUCAACGAGGUGGCCUCGUACGACGUCGAGAAGGGCAUGUGGAGUCGCCUUCCCAUGACGCACAACUCGACCGCACCCCCGCGGUACCAUCAUUUCCACCUGGUGUCUUGUGGCGGCAAGCUGUUCAAGGUCGAGGACGGGCCGCACAUGAAAGAGGAAACUUCGAUUAGUGUUUGGCGACUCGAGGAAUCGAAGAUGGAAUGGGUCGAGGUGGCCCCCAUUCCCCCUCUCGAGAAGGGUACGUGGCUUUGGUACAUUGGAUGUGUUGCAGGUAAGGAUAAUCAGUGCAUGAUUUACCUGUACGAGGUGAAUUACCCCAAUUUGAUGAGCAUCCGCUGCUGUGUAUGUGAUCUGAAGACCGCCCGGGCGCAGUGGCAGUGGGUCACCGACAUGCCAUACAUGGUGCACCCCAAUGAUCUGACUGCGAUCGUUCAAUUAUAG